UUAGUUUAACUCUGGGAGCUCGUGAUGUCGCAGCUUCUUCUUCUCUUCAUCUAAAGACUGACUUCAGAUCAGAAGAUGAGUAAUGGUUGUGUGGAGGAAGAGGAGGACAGAGCAGAGUCUCUAGUCUCCGGCUGUCUGUCUAUGAAGAGUGAUGCGUCCAAAGAUGAACCUCCACACUUCAGUAAUGAACCUGGACCCUCAGACACAAAAGUUCAGUACAGACAGAGAGCAGAGUCUCCAGUAUCCAGCUGUCUGUCUAUGAAGAGUGAUUGGUCCAAAGAUGAUCCUCCAGACUUCAGUAAUGAACCUGGACCCUCAGACACAAAUUCACAGCAGCACAGAGGAAAGUCUCCUGUACCCAGCUGUGUGUCCAUGAAGAGUGAUCGGUCUAAGGGUGAUCUGAUUAACUUCAAAGAUGGACGCCAAUCUAAUGACCCACUAGAGGACCAGGAGAGCUCACAGGUUCCCAGAGGUCAGUCUGCCCAGCAGCAUCAAACACACCUGGACUCCAUAUUUAUGCUGCUGGAGGAGAACAUCCUCACUUUUGUGAAGAACGAGCUGAAGAAGAUCCAGAAGGUUGUGAGUUCAGAUUACCCAGACUGCUUAGAGAGUCAGAGGGUGGAUGAGGAGGUGUUGGAGGGUGAGGAUGAAGAGCAGAGGAGGAACAGCAGAGAGGCAUUUCUGAAGAUCACACUGCACCUCCUGAGGAGAAUGAAGCAGGAGGAGCUGGCUGACUGUCUGCAGAGCAGACUUCUUGCUGCAGUUUGUCAGCGUGAACUCAAAUCUAACCUGAAGAAGAAGUUCCAGUGUGUGUUUGAGGGGAUCGCUAAAGCAGGAAACCCAACCCUUCUGAACCAGAUCUACACAGAGCUCUACAUCACAGAGGGAGGGACUGCAGAGGUCAAUGAUGAACAUGAGGUCAGACAGAUUGAAACAGCAUCCAGGAAACCAGACAGACCAGAAACAACCAUCAGACAAGAAGACAUCUUUAAAGCCUCACCUGGAAGAGAGGAACCAAUCAGAACAGUGAUGACAAAGGGAGUGGCUGGCAUUGGGAAAACAGUCUUAACACAGAAGUUCACUCUGGACUGGGCUGAAGACAAAGCCAACCAGGACAUACAGUUCACAUUUCCAUUCACCUUCAGAGAGCUGAAUGUGCUGAAAGAGAAAAAGUACAGCUUGGUGGAACUUGUUCAUCACUUCUUCUCUGAAACCAAAGAAGCAGGAAUCUGCAGGUUUGAAGAGUUCCCGGUUGUGUUCAUCUUUGACGGUCUGGAUGAGUGUCGACUUCCUCUGGACUUCCACAACAAUGAGAUCCUGACUGAUGUUACAGAGUCCACCUCAGUGGAUGUGCUGCUGACAAACCUCAUCAGGGGGAAACUGCUUCCCUCUGCUCGCCUCUGGAUAACCACACGACCUGCAGCAGCCAAUCAGAUCCCUCCUGAGUGUGUUGGCAUGGUGACAGAGGUCAGAGGGUUCACUGACCCCCAGAAGGAGGAGUACUUCAGGAAGAGAUUCAGUGAUAAGAAGCAGGCCAGCAGGAUCAUCUCCCACAUCAAGACCUCACGAAGCCUCCACAUCAUGUGCCACAUCCCAGUCUUCUGCUGGAUCACUGCUACAGUUCUGGAGGAUGUGUUGAAGACCAGAGAGGGAGGAGAGCUGCCCAAGACCCUGACUGAGAUGUACAUCCACUUCCUGGUGGUUCAGUCCAAACUGAAGAAGGUCAAGUAUGAUGGAGGAGCUGAGACGGAUCCACACUGGAGUCCAGAGAGCAGGAAGAUGACUGAGUCUCUGGGAAAACUGGCUUUUGAUCAGCUGCAGAAAGGAAACCUGAUCUUCUAUGAAUCCGACCUGACAGAGUGUGGCAUCGAUAUCAGAGCAGCCUCAGUGUACUCAGGAGUGUUCACACAGAUCUUUAGAGAGGAGAGAGGACUGUACCAGGACAAGGUGUUCUGCUUCAUCCAUCUGAGUGUUCAGGAGUUUCUGGCUGCUCUUCAUGUCCAUCUGACCUUCAUCAACUCUGGUGUCAAUCUGCUGUCAGAAGAACAAACAACCUCCCGGUUGUCUAAAGUCUUCAGAGACAAACCUAAACUAACACAUCUCUACCAGAGUGCUGUGGACAAGGCCUUACAGAGUCCAAAUGGACACCUGGACUUGUUCCUCCGCUUCCUCCUGGGUCUUUCACUGCAGACCAAUCAGACUCUCCUACGAGGUCUGCUGACACAGACAGGAAGUAGCUCACAGACCAAUCAGGAAACAGUCCAGUUCAUCAAGAAGAAGAUCGACGAGGAUCUCUCUGCAGAGAAAAGCAUCAAUCUGUUCCACUGUCUGAAUGAACUGAAUGAUGGUUCUCUAGUGGAGGAGAUCCAACAGUCCCUGAGUUCAGGACGUCUCUCCACAGAUAAACUGUCUCCUGCUCAGUGGUCAGCUCUGGUCUUCAUCUUACUGUCAUCAGAAAAAGAUCUGGACGUGUUUGACCUGAAGAAAUACUCUGCUUCAGAGGAGGCUCUUCUGAGGCUGCUGCCAGUGGUCAAAGCCUCCAACAAAGCUCUACUGAGUGACUGUAACCUCUCAGAGAGAAGCUGUGAAGCUCUGUCCUCAGUCCUCAGCUCCCAGUCCUCUAGUCUGAGAGAGCUGGACCUGAGUAACAACAACCUGCAGGAUUCAGGAGUGAAGCUGCUGUCUGCUGGACUGGAGAGUCCACACUGUAAACUGGAAACUCUCAGACUGAGUGUCUGUAACCUCUCAGAGAGAAGCUGUGAAGCUCUGUCCUCAGUCCUCAGCUCCCAGUCCUCUAGUCUGAGAGAGCUGGACCUGAGUAACAACGACCUGCAGGAUUCAGGAGUGAAGCUGCUGUCUGCUGGACUGGAGAGUCCACACUGUAAACUGGAAACUCUCAGGCUGUCAGGCUGUCUGAUCACAGAGGAAGGCUGUGCUUCUCUGGACUCAGCUCUGAGCUCCAACCCCUCCCAUCUGAGAGAGCUGGACCUGAGCUACAAUCAUCCAGGAGACUCAGGAGUGAAGCUGCUGUCUGCUGUACAGGAGGAUCCACACUGGAGACUGGAAACUCUCAGGGUGGAGCCUGCUGGAGUCCGAUGGUUCAGACCAGGUCUGAGGAAGUAUUCCUGUGAACUCACACUCGACACAAACACAGUGAACAGAAACCUCAAACUGUCUGACAACAACAGGAAGGUGACACAUGUGGAGGAGGAUCAGUCAUAUCCUGAUCAUCCAGACAGAUUUGACCACUGGGAGCAGCUGCUGUGUAGAACUGGUCUGACUGGUCGCUGUUACUGGGAGGUCGAGUGGAGAGGAAGAGUUUAUAUAUCAGUGAGUUACAGAGGAAUCAGAAGGAGAGGAGACAGUGAAGACUGUUUGUUUGGAUGGAAUGAUCAGUCCUGGAGUCUGGAGUGCUCUGAUGAUGGUUACUAUGUCCGUCACAAUAACAGAACACACAUCUCCUCCUCCUCCUCCUCCUCCUCCUCCUCCUCCUCCUCCUCCUCCUCCUCCUCCUCCUCCUCCUCCUGUAGAGUAGCAGUGUAUGUGGACUGUCCUGCUGGCUCUCUGUCCUUCUACAGAGUCUCCUCUGACACACUGAUCCACCUCCACACCUUCAACACCACAUUCACUGAACCUCUUUAUCCUGGGUUUGGGUUCAGGUUCUGGUCUGGUUCCUCAGUGUCUCUGUGUUCUCUGUAGGAGGGAGAGUCUCCUCCUGGUAGAGAAACUUUCUCUCUGCUGACCAGAUAGUUCAGUCUGUACAGGAUCACACACAGCUGAUGUUAGUUAGUACCAACCUGAUCUCUCAGUGGUUGUAAAUGCAGUCUGAGCAGGUGAGGGGUACCUGAGCUGGUCUGGACUCUGGGGGGUUGAGAGCUCUCUGGGACUUGUGGUGUUGCAGAUGGAUGGCUGAAAGAGCUGAGCGAGGUCCAUGUAAUUACCUGAAAUGAUCAGUUGUCUGAGAGAAGGUGUGAAACAUGUUUUACUUUGUGUAUAAAACUGAACUUUGUUGUCUUGAAACAUUUGUUUGUGUGAAGAAAAACCUACGAAUGUCAAACAAGAGUCUUUCUGGAUCAAAUUCAUCAUCUGUGGGAAAAUAAUCACAACGUGUAAAGAGUUGUUUUGAUUAGAACAAACUAAAUUCAUCAUCUUGUGUCAUUGUGUAACAAAUGAACAAACUUUGAUAAGUGAUGUUGAAAUAAUAAUAAAUCAAAGUUUUGGGAUGAUUCUAGAUAAUAAGCCACAUAAACAUGUCAAAGGAAAAAUGACAAAAUCCAUCACAACACUGUAUAAAAUGAUUGAUUUAUUAAAUAAAGCUUCAUUAUUCACGUUG